AUCCUUCGUUUCCGGACGUGACCAACUUGAUGCGAAACGGUUUUGUGGCUCAGAUCGAAAUAAACAACAGACCGCAGGACGAGAGCAUAUACGUCACCGAGUAUUACUUCGCGGCCAAGAACCUGACCCGAGUGGAAAUCAUCCGGAAAGGAAAGGUGGAAAGCGUCUUCUUCUACCCCACCCAGGACCAAAUCGUCGUGCUCAAAGAUGACGCCUGUCGGGUGGAGAAGGCGGGAAGUUCCGACUACCUGCUCAACUACAACUUCACCAAUUGGCUGUAUUCGCCCGGCGGAAAAACCAUCUACUUCGGCCCCACUUCUUUACUCCGAUCGGGCGCCGACAAUCCGCAGAUGCAAUACGUGGGGAAGGACACGGUGGAAGGCAUUCGCUGUCACAAGUUCAACGGCGACUACUGGGCCAACGACGACAUUCAGGUCGACUACUUCUUCUCCGAGGAGAAUUGGGCUACGCCCACCAACGUCAGCCGGCAAAUGGUUCCGAUCAGAGUCAGACUGUACGGAAAAGGAAAGCCGAUGGAAGACUCCGACGAGGGGAUGUUCGAGCAGACUUUGGACUACAUCAUGUUCCGGACUUUCGUCUUCGACAGCCGCAUGCUCCGGCCUCCGUCGGGAUACGGAUGCCCGGGACUGCGGAACCAGGGCCCGGAUCCGCCCGCUCGCUCCGGAAAAUUCUUCGUCUCCGGGGAAUUUCGCAACCUGACCGACGACCAAAAGAACAAUCGAGACACCAUCGUUCCAUUCAGGCUGUGGUACCACUACGACAGGAAACUGGCCAGACUGGACGUGCGCGGAGGCCCGGACGGAUCCAAGUCCACCGUCUACGACUUUAACACGGGCAUGAUGUAUAUCACCGCCGACCGAAAAUGCGACGCUUUUCCCGUCCGCGGCCAGACGUUGGAGAGCUUCGAAGACGGACUGAUCGGAAGCAUGAAGAAGCCCAAAGAAAUCCUGGGAGGAGAAGGAGACUUCUAUUACCUGGGACAGUCUUACGUUCGAGGAAUGCUGUGCGACGUGUGGGAGUCCGUGAUACCGAAAUCGUCGGAAGAAAAGAAAGGACCGGCCAGGACCGUCUACACUUACUACUUCACUAACCAUUACUGGUCGGUGGCGGUGGACGGAAAAGUGGAAGGAGCCAGUCCGGUCCGGGUGGAAGUUGCCGAUUACGACGAUGGAGGGGUGGGAGUUCGGCUGAUCUACAACUUGUUCGCCUACGACAAAUUUCCCACUUUCCGGUUCGGUCCCUUCGACGUCUCCGACUGCGAGGGAGUUCCCUCGCGCAAGAGCUACUUCCUCAUCACCUUUUCGGGAAGUGACGAAACGGUGACCGCGGCGGAAGACGUGGCGGCCGUCGUCCGGGAGGAACUGAGGACUUCCAUACCCACCAAGGCGCAGGUGUCUUCGCUGCGUCUGCCCUUCUUGCGGGUGGAUUUCGAACCCGGAAUAAUCAGCGUCCUGGGACUUCUUACGGAACGCGUUCCCGCUCUGAAAAGAUUCGAAGAGAGCGACGAGCACGACAAACCCAGAGAAUCGGAGAAGGAAGUCCAGAACGUAGACUCCGACGAAGACUGCGCGCAAUUCUGCGUGGAGGCCGACAAAUGCACGGGCUUUCACGUGUGCGGACGGAGGUGCUUCUUGGCUAAUUUGGAUCUGACCGCUGACUGGGGCAAGAAGAUGGACGUGGACGACUGCGCCUUUUACAUACGCGUGGAAGCGGGAACCAGCGCUAAGGACGUUCCUCUGAAUCAGGCGAUGAGUAACCUGAAGGAAGCCGUGGACAAAAAGAAACUGGUCAUCGUGAUCGAGGGAGACGACGGCGAGAUCACUUUGAACCCCGAAGAGUUCGUCGGAGACAUUUCGCCCUUCCAAGUGGGUGAUCGAGACAGCGACAUGUUCGAGAAGGUGUUGUCCGGAAAGACGUUCAAGAAACCCGAAAAUUCUCAGAUCGUGGUGGACGGGGGAGAGUUGUCGACGCCCUCCGACUGCUACAGGAAGUGCAGGGACGAGAAAACCAUGCAGUGUUUCAGCUUCUCCUUCUGUUUCACGGACAAUAGGUGUCUGCUGAGUCCUCUCUACGUCUCGCAGUCGCGCUCCGCCCGGAUCGACGACGAUAUAGACACGGUGGGAGGCUGCGACGUCUACACGGUUUCCUACCUGCGGAUGUUCGUGGCCUACGAGGGGGCGGUGUCUUCGCUGCCCGGCAGGAAGGAGAAGACCGGGGUGGCGUCGGACAACGAGUGCGCCAAACUGUGUCGAGAAGAAGAGGAAUUCGUCUGUCGAGGCUUCGAGUACUGUCGAUCCGACAAAAUCUGUCAACUGCACGAAAAGCACGUGCUGGAAACCAAAGACCCUCUGGUCCAGACCGGCAAGAUUUGCACUCAUUACGCCCUGAAAUACGCCGCCGAUUACGUGGAGUCGGGAAGACUGAAGCUGCUGGAUCCCGACGCCGAGACUCUGACCGUGUCCAGCCUGGAAGAGUGCGCCGCCUCCUGUUCGGAAAAGUCGGAGUUCCCGUGCGCCAGCUUCGACCUGUGUUCGAUCAACUCGGACCAAAAGUCCUGCGUUCUCAAUUCCAGGACGUUGGAACAACUGGACACCAAGUCCGAAGCAUCUUCUUCAUGCAGACAUUACACCAAGAAAGACGUAGUGGACGACUGGGCCAGACCUCGAGUGGCGGAGAAGAGUUCCCAGUCCACCGGAUACACUUCCAUAUUUGUAAAUACCCGAGCCAGGAUCCAAUCCGUCUAUCGGAGCAAAAACUAAUGCAAGACCCGGUCUUAAUUUCGGGGAAAAGCGGUAUUAUUACUAUUUUGCCGAGCUCUUCCGCGUUUUUAAAACGUAUUUCGACGUCGACGUUUUUAUCUUAUAAUAAAUGUAGGAAAAAUUACGAAAGAUAAAGAAAAGCAACUUUUGGCAACGAGAAAAAACUAUUUCGUCCGGACAAUUGGGAAAAAUUUCUAAACGCCAUUCGUUUUAACCUCGGCCCCAUGGAAAUUUCGCGAGUAUCGACGACGUUUCGCUUUUGUUCGGGCUUAAAACGCCGGACCCCGCCUUUCGGCCCAUUUCGGCUUAACGGUUAAGGUCCGAGCCGAGACUUCGGCGUGAAGUUCUAGCCGGACGACGACGUAGGCCUACCUACCCGGUCGGGCGCUACCGGUCGCCACCUCACCCGGCAGACUAGAGGCUA